CCGCAACAGACCAGGACGCACAUCGCCAGAAGCUUGUUGUCACCAGAAGCCCGCCGUCGCUUCACGCGCGUUCCCUGCCGCUGAAAUGUUAUCUGGUAUCCUCAUUUUCAACCAGAAGGGCGAGAACCUCAUAUUUCGCGCCUUCCGCAACGACUGCCGCCCACGCCUCGCCGACGUCUUCCGCAUCCAAGUAAUCUCCAACGCACAAGUACGCUCGCCCAUCCUCACGCUGGGCUCGACUACCUUCAGUCAUGUGAAGCACGAGAAUAUCUACCUGGUUGCUGUGACCAAGAGCAAUGCCAAUGCGGCCCUCGUUUUCGAGUUCCUAUACCGCCUAGUUGGUCUAGGGAAGGCAUACUUUGGGAAAUUCGAUGAAGAGGCUGUGAAGAACAACUUCGUCCUGGUAUAUGAACUUUUGGAUGAGAUCUUGGACUUUGGCUACCCACAGAACACCGAGACAGACACGCUAAAGAUGUACAUCACCACGGAAGGUGUCAAAUCGGAAAGAGCAAUGGAGGAUUCGUCCAAGAUCACAAUGCAGGCUACUGGUGCCCUGUCAUGGCGCCGAGCAGACAUCAAAUACCGCAAGAAUGAAGCCUUCGUGGACGUAAUAGAAGAUGUCAAUCUGCUCAUGUCUGCGACAGGCACGGUCUUGAGGGCAGACGUCAACGGACAGAUCAUCAUGCGUGCCUAUCUCUCGGGCACCCCAGAAUGCAAGUUCGGUCUCAACGAUCGCCUCACAUUGGGUGAAGACAAUUUGCAACAGCCUUCGGGCAACAAAGCCGGCGCAAAGGCCACACGAGCCGCUGCUGGCAGCGUCACAUUAGAAGACUGUCAAUUCCACCAGUGCGUCAAGCUGGGCAAGUUCGACGCAGACAGGAUUAUAUCCUUCAUUCCUCCAGACGGCGAGUUCGAGCUCAUGCGAUAUCGUGCAACCGAAAACGUCAAUCUCCCCUUCAAGGUGCACGCCAUCGUGAACGAAAUCGGCAAGACAAAGGUCGAAUACAGCAUUGCUAUCCGUGCAAACUACGGUUCGAAGCUCUUCGCUACGAACGUUGUUGUACGGAUACCCACACCGCUGAAUACCGCGCGCAUCACAGAGCGCACAUCGCAAGGCAAGGCGAAAUACGAGCCAGAGCACAACAACAUCGUCUGGAAGAUACCGCGGUUCACAGGGCAGAGUGAAUUUGUUCUAAGCGCCGAGGCAAGCCUGACCAGUAUGACAAACCAGAAGGCAUGGUCGAGACCACCGCUGAACCUAAGCUUUUCAUUACUCAUGUUCACGAGCUCUGGGCUGCUUGUGCGGUAUCUCAAGGUCUUUGAAAAGGGCAAUUAUAGCAGCGUAAAAUGGGUGCGGUACAUGACACGAGCAGGUAACUAUGAGAUCAGGUUUUAGGCGGCAUAUGCAAGGACAAUCUUGUCACAACUGGCGUUGCAUUGUAGGCGUUUGGCAAUGAUAUCCUUGAGCUUCCAUCUUUUCCAAGAAUCGUAUUGAGAUGGCGCACAUUUGUUCAUCCCUGUCGAGGCACGUUGGUGUGCAAGAAUCCCACUUCGCGCGACGCAAGCACCGGCUCGGAGUGGGAUGCGAGUUCUGACUCUGAUGCUUGUCUGGAUAUUUUACUAUGUGCGCCAGCUGCAUAGUGUUGGAUAAAACGCUUGAGCAGACUAGGGAAUUAAAUUGAGCUGCAUUUGGGCCGUGGUCAACAUAGAAUCCUAAACAUUAUGUGCUUAUGUGAGCAGACUGUUGUCACGACGACAUCCUGAUUGUAACCAGCUCAUAGAGUUAACAGCGCGAAGUAUUACCAGGGGAUAUGCUGAAAGUCAAAGCUCAAAUUCCGGAGGACAUGUGAGUCACUUAAGUCGACAAGAACAG